UGUCUAGUUUUUCUUUUUGCCAUUCGGUAUGUGGGUACUUUAGUGGACUGUGAAAUUUAUUCCCGUAAUGGCUGCCACGCUAAGAGUGUAGCUUAUUGGUUAUGUCAUGUAUAUAGAAAUCUACGGCCGUACGUUAAAUUCUUGCAAUUCAACAAGUGUAUCAAAUGAUGAUCGCAUGAAAGCUUUUACAAUAGUAAUCACACUAGAACGUUUCCUCUUUCAUGUUUCCUUUUUUGGCAAUUAAGUUAUGGACUCUGGGUUUGUGUACUGUAUGUAACGAAAACAAAAUCUAUGCCGUGUGAAAAGUGUUGGUGAAGACCAUAUCGUGUGAGGGGUGGCGACUCGCUGGUCAAAAUGACGGAUAACAGGUCGUCGUCAGCGUUGUUUAAGCGCGCGGAGCAACUCAAGAGAUGGGAAGAGUCCGAGACAAAUAAACAGUCGCCGACGCCGAAGCGCGCCUCUAGGAUUCAGUUUUCCGCGGGGAUUGUUUUCCUGGCUGCGUGUACGUCCGGCGACAAAGAUGAAGUACAACGCCUGCUGAAGAUGGGUGCCGAUAUCAACACGGCUAACGUGGACGGACUCACAGCUUUACAUCAGGCGUGUAUUGAUGACAACUUGGAUAUGGUGGAGUUUUUAGUAACUCAUGGUGCGGAUGUCAACCGCGGCGACAACGAAGGCUGGACUCCACUGCACGCUACUGCUUCUUGUGGCUUCAUCAGUAUAGCAAGGUAUCUCCUUGAGAGCGGUGCGGACGUGGCCGCGGUCAACUAUGAUGGCGAGUUGCCUGUUGAUAUCGCCGAAAGCGAUGCAAUGGCUGACUUGCUACAGAAAGUAAUUGACGAGAAAGGCGUUGAUUGUGAGAAGUCAAGGAAUGCAGAAGUUGAUACGCUGAUGAGUGACGCCAGAGAAUGGGCAUUGCACGGCUACGUUGAAGUUCGAGACUUGAAAACGGGAGGCACGCCGCUCCACGUUGCCGCUGCUAAAGGAUAUAUCGACGUGGCCAAAACUCUACUGGAGGAUUGUAAUGCGGAUCCUGACUGCGUUGACUACGAGGGCUGGACACCGUUGCACGCGGCCGCAUUGUGGGGACAAAAGGAGGCGGCAGCAUUACUACUCAAAUUCGGAGCUGAUCCACAUCUCAAAAACUAUUCGGGACAGACCUGCUUAGAUCUGGUGGAUCCGAGCAUCUCGUCAUGGCUGGAGGAGGCAGCCCUGAAGGCUCCCCGUCGCGUCAAUAACAACAAACGGAAACUUAGCCCUCCGAGGCACGAAGUCAAAAGAAUCGACAUCGAAAUCAAGGGACAAGCAGAGAAAAUUGUCAACGACAAACCGCCGCCGCCCGAGAUCAUUGCUAAGAAGGCCGAGAAGCCACCAAAGGGCCGGGCUCCGUCCCCCGAAAGCACAGAGAUGGCGGAACAACAGGCACAGAACGAUGAGGCGCCCUCGUGGCGUAGAUCUGCCUCGUUUAGGAACAGGCAACAAGACUCAGCCAAAGAAAACAAACCGGCCGUGAACAAUGUCGACGACACGAUACUGAGGAGGACGCACAGCUUCGAAAACGACAAGACCUUCUCGCAGAGAUAUCGUGACGUCACAGCUCGUAUCAAGGCCUCCUCCUGCCCGUCGAUACCGCCGCUGCCGCAGUCGACCCUGGCGGCCAUCGAACUAAAGAAAAAAGCGUUGGAACCUAACAAUAGCGAAAACGCUAAUACUAACGAGGACGUGCAAACAAGAAUAAGUCCAGCGGAAAGAAGGGAUAAAGAAAAUAACGCGAGAAUUGCGCUGAGCGCGACAAGCAACGCCAACAACGCGACAACGAACUCCCAGGCGCCGGUCAGGAGCGCGGAGACGGUAGAGUCGAACAGUAACAAUGCGACGCCGACGUCUACAACGCCCACGAAGCUGUCGCCAGGCAACAUAUUCAAGAACUUCUUCAAAUCGUUCGUGCCCCCGGUCCGCGACGAGGAGAGCGAAACGCAAAGGAAGGCGCACGCGAAACGGGUCCGCGAGACUCGACGUUCCACCCAGGGCGUUACCCUCGAUGAGAUUAAGUCAGCCGAACAGCUUGUCAAAAAGAAAUCCAGCAACGGCACGACGGAGAGUUCCACUCCGACUAACGUCAAAAAGGAUGAAACUCCAACUCCAGCGACCACAGACAACGGAUCGGCUCGCGGCCCACUAGCCGGCGACGUCGCUGUGACGUUAGCGCUUGCUUGCGCUACGGCAACAGCUACAGCUACGAUCGCGGCUAACAGCGAGAGACGCCCGUCGUGGCGGCUACGGCUCGACCCCACGAACAAGUUCGAGCUGGAGGACGCCGGUAGAGCGUCGCCUCGGUCGGGGGCAGCUGAAGCUACGGUCACCCUGCCGCUGCGCCGACCUCCGUCAGCAUCGACGAACGCCACGACGGCCGCCGCAACUAAAGAAGACAACCGCACCGCAGAAGUUGAAGAGGAGAAAGACAGAGAAAGCAGUACGGAGAGCAAGUCGAGUAACGCCUCGCCUGCCAGCACGCAGGCGGCGCUCAAUGUCAUACAGCGUCGACGCAGGCCGAAGAGACGGUCGACCGGCGUCGGACAUGUGGAUAUGGACGACAUUGUGAACGACCGCGGCGGGGGCAGCGAAGGCGACGGAGACACCGAUACCGCACAGUCUGGAAGCGAACGUACCGAGGAAGGCGAAGAGCGAGACUACAAAGCACUUUAUGAAGCGUCUGCCAGCGAGGUGCGGCGUCUACGGUCACUGCUCACGACUUCAGAGCAACAGCUACGCGAGGCCCGCGCCACCAUCGCAAGGCUCACGCAAGUGAAUCAGAAUUCAUUAUCUGAAAUCGAGAAACGGGAAAAGAGAGCGAUGGAAAGAAAACUAUCGGAAAUGGAAGAAGAGCUGAAGCAAUUGCAAAAACUAAAAGCCGAGAACGAAAGGCUGAGGGCAGAGAACCGUGCACUGACGCGUGUCGUCAGCAAAUUGACCAACUCUGCCGCCAAAUAGUAUCAACAGGCACUGCAGGCCGAAAACCAGCGGCUGAAGGACGAGAACGGGGCGUUGAUCAGAGUCAUCAGUAAGCUGUCCAAAUGAAUCUCGAGCUCGCUGAGCCAAUGUUCGCGGACAAACUGACCUCCCUCACAAACAACGCCGCUAUUAGACAGAAUCAAUCCGAACGUUUAGGACAUUUACUUACACGCGAAAUACGAAACAAGUGCGUGAAACCAUAAACUUCAUGUAUUACGAGUGAUCGACACCAUUGUACAUAACAUCGAUUCUUUUUCGUUUUCAUUCGGAUAUGUAAUAAAUAUAUAUGUACGUCUCUGAUCGCAUCCCCUCGGAACAUUGCAAACUGUAACUUUUAUCGUAUAUUGUGAAUUUUACAUAUUCUUAAAAUUUCGAAGGUUUUACAAACUUUAUAUUAUUGUCGUAUUGUUAUUAUAUAUACUAUAUUAUGAUCGCACAUGUAAUCGGUAUUGGAAUCAAGUUGCGGCGUAUGAACACGUGUGCGCAUCGAUAUUACUUACUGCUAAUGCGUUUAUUUCUUCGUUGUCUAUUACUAAUUAUAAUGAUUUGUGCCUAAAACAUAGUUCCUGCUAUUAGCAAAGUUCCGAAGAUGAAUUUAUUGGAACGGCCCCCUUUAUACAGUGUGGAUUAUGCAUAAUGAUUACGAAUUUUGUUUAACGAUAAUUUAUUUAUAAUUUAAAAAAAAAUGCAAUCUAUAUAAACUUUAAUAUUAAAAUCGCGUAAGAUACGAAGCAAACGUGUAAGUUCUAGUAAUCGAAAUGGUAUACUUACUAAUUUUACGAUUACAAUUUUAUUAUUUUUGUGCGAAAUAAUUAACCGCUUUGUAUAUGUAUGGAUUUGUAUUUAAAAUUGAAUCUUUGCAAUUAUUGUUUAUUUUUUUUUUGCUUGAAAAAAAAAAUUACAUUAUAAUUCACUGUUCUACAUGCACUUGUUACAUGUACAAAUAAGUAUACAUACACAAUACGGAUGGUUUUUCGGUGUCCCAUUUUGUAUUUAAUGCAUGUAGUUGUUAUUAACAAUGAAAAAUAUCGAUAGUUUUACGAUUCGUUUAUUUAAAUUUGAUGCGCUUUCUUACGUUUAUUUUUUGUCAACAGUUUGAAAUAUUUAUUGUGUACUUAUUUUAUAUUAUAUGUAUUACGGGCACUUUGUAAUCGGUGACGUCGAUAAUAAUAAGAAUAAGGGAAUGAUCGAUCGACAAAAACGAUAUGUCGGCGGCCCCAAAAUCGAUUUAAAUUCGUAGUUCUUAAUCAUAUGAAAUAAUGUAGCUUAAACGUAAACGUUCAUACGAAAUCGUUCUAGAAGUAUCCAUAUUCGUGUUGAUAGUUAUCGAUGUAUUCCUAAAUUGAGGUACGUAAGUGUUAUAAUAGGUUAGUUUUAAUUGUGAACCUUUUUGGGGGGCGGUGGGGGGUUAGGUUAACAUGUCCCCCUCCCCCCCGUAUUCGUAGUCUUGUGUGUUGCGGGAAUUUUGUCGUCAUCACACUUUUGUACAGCAAACGCGAGUCCGACCAAAUUAGAUAAUGAAAUUCAAAUACUUGUACAGAAAAUAAAAUUGAUCCUUUGAAGUAAAAAAUAGGAAAUAAUAAUUAAAACGAAACAUGAAUUCGUUACCAGAAUUUUAUUUAUUUAUUUGCGUGUUUUAAACUGUGAACCGUCGGAAUUCCUGCGAUUAAAUUAUAUCUCAAAUUACUAAUAUAAAUAUAUUUAUACACGAUGCAUGCAUGUAAUUAUUGUAUUAUGUAGAAUCUUGUUAAGAAUCAGUCGGCGAGGAUUGGAAUGUGAUAUCGGUUUUGUGCGCCACUCAUGUGUUAUAAAAUUAGAUCGUUUUUUUUUUGCUAACCGUACUAUGCUAUUCAACUGUUCUUUUGUUGAUAAUAUACAUACAUACAGGCCGUUCUGCUGCUUUGUGCUAUUUAUUACCUACAGUACACAGGUACGUGCCUCGGAUGUAUGCGGAAAAUAUUCAUGCAUAAAUUAAUGAAGUAAAUGAGUGAUUGAAAAAUAGUAUAUAUUUCGCAGUCGUAUGUCAAUACAGAAGGAGAGUCGAUUACGAGCAGGUAAGCUUAUCAGGUAUUAAUGUUCUUGGCUCUUGUAAAUUACCUUGUAAGGUUAACAAUUUUCCGCUCGGAAAAUGUGUUUUUUCCUCACAAAAGUUUGAAGGCUUAGACGAUCGCGAUAAUCUCACCUACUCUUAUUCGAGUAACUCCCUUUGUCAAAAUCGGCCAUUACAUACGAGUGUUUAUUUUACUGAGGCGAAUGUACUACUACUAUUGAUUUUCAACUAGUCUGUAGUUAGCAGUAAUAUAAAUAUAAGAUCGUAGUCCACCGACCACAAGUCUCCGCCAUAAGUCAGUGGACAUAUUUAAACAAAAAUAGUAAUUAAUUUGUUAUCGAUACGCGAUUGCUGCUAGCCACACUUGGUAUAUCAAUUGCGCUACGAUUAAAUGUGGAUAAUUUGAAUGAUACAAUUUUCGUUUAGAGCCUUAACACACGCUCGAAUUUGGUCCAUGAGACCAAAUCCGUUGUCAGACGCCCGGAUCGGACAGUUGCUUCACGUACGCCUUCAAGUGCACACGGUUGUCAUCAUUUUAGUUAAACCUCUGAUCAAGAUAAAAUAUACUGAUAUAAGCAACUCCGUUUCUACGGAAGAGCGACUUAUUAGCAUAUUAAAGUGUCUUUGCAUCAGAAAGAGAAUUUCCAGAAUUGAAGUUUAUUUAGUUCAAGUAUAUACUUAUUCUCCGAAUGUUUUCUUCUUCCUCGUUUGUACGCCGCUCACAAGUUUUAUAAUUUCUUCUUUAAAUUUCCACGGUGGCAUCCUUUUCAAAUUUUGAGUAACAAACACUCUUUAAGUAUUGUAAAUAUUUGCUUUCGAACAUCUGUGUUGUAAUAAAAUUCGUGGAAUGUAUUACACAAACAUGGAAAAUCUUUGUAAAAUUGAACAACUUUAAUAAAUACAUCGCUUUCGUUAACGAUUUCCUCCAUUAUGUCAUUAUGUCCACACGACCGUAUUCGGUACGGAGCAAACCAUAUCCGAUGUACAAAUUAGCGGGUCGAGCCGAAAUUAAUUAGUAAUAUGAUAAUUUUGUUCGCAGGACUACUCUAUAGAUGGUAGAUUUGUUUCAGAAGCGAACCAAAUUCGUGGGCCGUUCGAACCAAAUUCGAGUGUGUGUUCAUGCUUUUAGAAUUAUAAAUGUUUGUCCUAAAGUGACACUGAAAUGCUUUAAAGCGAUUCUUUCUACAAGUUUAUUUGAACAAUUUGGAUAAUAGUAUCAAGAAAACUAAAACAAUUGACUUUUGUCUAAGGAGGGCCGAUUGCCGUCGAUAACAAUUAAAAAAAAAAGUUCGACAAAUUCAAAAUUUUGAAAUUUCGCUUCGAUUCGAAUAAUCUUCGCUGUGUUAAAGCAUUUUAGUGUCAGUGCAGUAAUCUAUGUUAUGAUUGGUUUUAGUUUCAUAAUCUCGAAAUUCGAAAUUUAAAAAGUAAAAUAUUAUGUAUUUAGUUGGCUAAGCGUUGAGAACUGUAUUGAAAAAAAAAAGGUGAUAGGAAUCUACUGAAUAACGUUUUGUAAUUGAUAGAAUUUUUUAUCCUUCCCCCCUUUUUUUAUGUUGCGGUUCUGAUUUUUUGUUCAUUAAAGUUUUUUUUUAUUUAUUUCCAGAGAUAAGAGUUAAAUAAAAUACAU